AUGAGUGAGGCUGAUAGCGGAAGAACAAGGCACAGCGAUAACCGUGAAACAUGGGUAGAACGAUUGGUGACAACAGACGACCAGAUUCAACAUCGUUGCAACCCAUACAAGGCCCAUAAAGCUGGUCAUCUGCAACAAGCCUUGCAAGCGGAUGACACUUCGCCUAAAUAUGUGGUGGUGGAUAGAGAGGCAAGGAUGAGAAGCACCUCGCAGUAA